UAAAUUAAUAUAGAAACCUUCUUAAUUGUCAAAAUAAUCAACUUUAAAAUGUCUCAAUAGCUUUAAUAUAUUUAAAUGAUAUUAAAAAAACAAAAAUAAGAAAUAAAUUUAUUUGAUUUUAACUAUUCAAUUGAUCUAAUAGAAAAGUUAUGCAAAGCUAAAUGUUCUUCUGUGAAAGUUUCAGAAAUUGAAAAAAAAAAAUGUGUAAUAUGUAAUUAAUUUAUUUAGUAAUAACAAAAAUAAUUCUGCGAUUGUUUUAUCCAUGAGUAGUGCUUUAGUAAUUACUACAGAUAAGAAUAUGAAAACUAAAUGUAAGCGGAAUUUUCCUCAAUAUAUAAAAAUAUUCCAACUUCAAAUCAAAAAAUAAUAAAUUGUUAUUUUUGCUAAAAAAAAAUUUUUUCAUCAUUGGAUUUUAUUUUUAAAGAGCUUAAAAAUUAAAAAUGCUCACAUUAUAAAUGCAAAAAAGCUGUAGGAAUGUAAAAAAUAGAGUAUUAUUGUUAAUGCGGCUAAAAUAUAUAAUUUCUCCAUUAAGAAUGCUUUAUUGUUGAGUAUAAUGAAGCAAAUUUUGAAACUGAAUAGAUGAAAUGCUAAAAAUGUCGCUUCAAAAUGAAGUUCAUAGAUAGCUAAUUAAAUAAUCGAAAAUAAAAAUUGUAAUAUCAUUGUGAUUUGUGUCAAAAAUAAGACUAAAUUGAUAAUUAAAUUCCCUUUUAUUCAGCUAUAAUUUGCAAUUGUAAUAAAAUAUAUUGUUAAUUAUGUUUUUCAAAGUAUCUAGAAUAACAUUAACAACAAUCUUUAAUUUAUUUUUAAGAUGAAAGCAUUACUGAAUUCUAAUGUUUAAGUCAAGUACCAAAAUGCAAUGUGGAUCAGAGAUAAUUAAAAUAAUUUUAAAGGACUAAGGCAGGCAAAAAAUUUCUCAAUAAGGUAUAUGAGUGCCUUAAUGAGGAAAUGAUUAAAAAUGAAAAUAUAUUAACAUGCCCUGGAUUUUAUUUUAGGGAUAAAAAUAGUGGAAAAGUGGAAAAGCAAUCUGCUUAAAAAUAUAUUACUAUGAAGAGAUAGUCUGAGUUUGAUGAAGAUGUUAAAAAAGAAUAUUAAGAAAGUCUUCAAAAGCUUUAAUAAAAGUAUGAAAUUAUAGAAUGCAACAACAAAUUUUAAGUUGAUUUUUAAGGGGAUGAAAGAAUAUUUAAAUGCAGUAAUUGUGAAUAUCUUGAUUGCAGAAAUUAGGAAUGUAAGUCUCCACAUUUCAACUUAUCAUGCGAAAUAUUUAAACAACUUAAAUAAUUUAAAAAUCGAAAUUAAUAAAAUAUAAGUUAAUUAAAUAGUAAUUAUCAAAAUGCAAUUUAUAAAGUUAGAUAUGAAAAUUAAAUAAUUAUUGUAGAUUAAUAAUUUUAUAAUCGUUUAAAGGAGGAUCCGAAAAAUUAAAUUGACUUAAUUGAAGAAAUCAAAAAUCCAUUUUUCUAAGCCUGCAAUUUACCCUUUGAUCUAUUUGAUCCUCAGUAUGAUAAAGAUUGGGAGUAAUAUAAAAUUUAAAAUAAACUAUAGUCUUCUAGAGGAAAAAUCAAAGGAAAAGAUAUAUAAUACAAUUAUCCUAUUCAUUAAAAUUUAUUUGGAUAUGGAAUUAAUAUAUAAAAGCUUUACGGUAAAUAAGAUAAUCUAAAAUGGCUGAGCAGAAAUACAGAUGAAGACACGUACAUUGUGGGUUAUCAUGGGACUAAAUCAAUAGCUGCAGUAUAAGGUAUUAUAGCAAAUGGAUUCUAAGCUGGUGCUGGCUAGGCAUAUAAAGGAAGUCAUUGUCCUUAUACAAACACGAUAGUUGGAGUAGGAGUUUAUUUUGGUGCAAGUAUCAAUGUUGCAUACGGGUAUACAUCUCCGAUAAGAAUAUAGAAUCAAAUAUAUCGAAUCAUAUUCUAAUGUCGCUUAAAUAGUAGAACAGUAAAAAGCGCUUGUUAAAUAGGAACAGUCGGCGAAUACUAUGUAGUAAAUAACCCAAAUGAUAUUAAAAUUUAUAGAAUUUUACUAAUUAAAGAAUAAUGA